GGUCUCAUUCGACAGUUUUUGAAUACUUCAUAGACAUUCAGUUCAUUAUUACAGUGAACCAUACAUCUUGAAUACUGAGAUCCAGUAUUAUUGAUUUAGGCGUAGUUUUAAAAUAUUAUUGUUUCGCGCUCAAGUAAUUAUUUUUUGGUAUAAUUUAGCUCUAGAACCUUCAUCCCCUGGUAUGUAAGAAAUGAAUUGCAACUGUGGAAGUUCUUCAGGAUCUGAUAAAUCGGGAACAAAAGAUGAAAUCAGAUGGGCUCAUCUUCCGUCGCUUGUUAUAACCAAAAUUUUUACGAUGUUGGACAAACAUGACAGAAAAAAUGCGUCUGAAGUUUGUAAAAAUUGGAGAAGAGAGUACUUCCAACCAAGAUUUUGGCCCACCGUCACAUUCUUUAUCGAAAACAAUAACCUGGAAAAAAGUAGAUUCCUCACUAAUAUAUUUGGAAGCAAUGUUAAACAUGUGAAAAUUAUCAUGGAUUCGUUCUCAAAAGCAUGCAUCGAAGAAUUAUUUGAUCUAAUGCAAAAGUUGGCCUGGAACAACAAAUUGAAAACGUUAUCUAUUAAUCCAACCCAUUGCGAUUUGGAGACCUUCAAAAAUCAGGUCAAGAUCAGAUGGGAAUCGGUAGACUGGAAAGAAGUGAUGACUCAGUUUGAAAUAUGUUUACCUAGACUAACUGAAUUUAGUAUAGGGUGUUUGGGGAUCCUGCCAUUACAGGUGGAUUGGAUAUUAGAGAAGCUCAACCCCAAGUCUUUGAAGAUACUUCGUUUAGCUUCCUUUAGCAGAAAUCCUCCUUUAUUUAAUGAUUAUUAUUUCAAUCCAAUAUUACUCAGGUCUUUCGUCAAAUUAGAGGUACUGAGUAUCGAUUACGACCAAUUAUGCGACGAAGUUUUGGAAACGUUGAACAACGCCAUAAACUUCAAAAUACUUGUCGUUCAUCUCCAUGGUUUUCACACAAAUCAUGAAGGUACCACAGAACGAGCUUGGGGCACUUUUAAAAAGAACCAUCCGGGAAUCAUACUGAAUUUAAUCCUUGUUCAUGCUCUUAAGCAAGUCAAUAUUCUUCCAAAAAAAGUGUUGAGGAAGCAAAUGCCUCUCAAGUACCUACAAAUAUAUAGCUGCGAUAAACAGGAACAAAAAUGCGAUUGCAGAAUCAUGGUGUGAAAAUCAAUCAUCUACAUUUAUCUAUAUCUACAUGUACGUAGAUUAGGCAUUUGAUCAGGUAUCAUAUGCAAUUUGUAGGAAAUUUGAGUGAUUCACACAUGAAACUAAUAAUAGGUUUAUUGGUAAAUAAUUGAUUUCAAUGUUUCUGUGUGUUUAUGUAUUAUAUUCUAUUUUCAAGUGA